AUGCAGCUUUCUACUCUUCUCAUGGCCGUUCUCCCGGCCACGGCCAUGGCCCUCCCCGGCCUCCUCCCCGUCGAGGGUCCCUCCAAGGCUGGACUCACGAAGCGCGAUUCUUGGGGUGGUGCCGUCUCCCUCGGCCCGGCUCGUUCCACCAUCGUCAAGGCCGUCACCACUCUGACCCCCGGUGCUGCGCCUCCCACCCAGGCCGGUGUCCUCUUCCUCUGGCCCGGCAUGUCCAACGGCACUGGUGACCUGAUCCAGACCACGCUCGAGUCCUGGCCCGACAACAGCUGGUGCGGCGCCAAGAGCGGCGAGUGGUGCAUCCGCGCCUCCGUCUUUGGCUGGUUCGGCCAGAGAGACAGCCUCCAGUCGGCCCCCGUCAAGGGCAACCAGGCCAUCAAGAUCGACUACACCCUCCUGUCCGACAACGACACCUGGCGUCAGACCGUCACUGACGUCGCCACCGGCAAGGUCAUCACCUCCCUCGACAACAAGUCUGGCCCCUUCAUGAGAGGCUACGGAACCGGUACCGAGUGCAACAACGGCUGCACCGGCACCAUCGCCGAGCAGGUCUACUCCAACACCGUCAUCACCCUCUCCAACGCCGACCCCAACUUUGGCAGCACCAUCGGCAGCAGCCAGGGCGCAAAGUACACCGGCCUCACCAGCAGCCAGGGCGGCAAGGUCUGGACUAUUGCUUCCAUCCGCGUUCCCAAGAUGCAGUAA